AUGUAUGCCACGGCUCUCGGCGGUGCGUGCGACAGAAGUGUCUAUCGCACAGCAAACAAUCUCCCACUCUCUGCGCCGCUGGUUUCUUACAAUUCUCCCAUUCGCAUGACCAGUGAGACAUUGGGCAAGGUUGGUCCAUCAAUGUGCCCUACAGGACCACAGCGACAGCCAGUCCGCGUUUUGUUAAUAUUCCUCGCCGUCAGGCGGUGUGGGAAAUGGAAAGUCCGGAAUUUUACUUACUAUACGGCGCAUACUUUAGCAACGGAAAAGCCCCAGCCUCCUGUUUUUGAAUGGAGAGAAAAUGGCCAAGGCUGUGCACAAGCACCAGGUUAUUCUUCAAUUGGCCUAAUUACUGCGGAGCUAGAUAAUCGUUGA